UGAUCUACUUGACACAUCGGUCGCGCGCUCAAUGAGCUCAAGUUACUAUAGCAAUAAGAAACGUUCGUUCGCUACGUUUGUCUGAAGCUGUCAUUGUAUCCGCCCACUGCUCAAUGAGAUGCGAAUAUCUGUAUCUGCUGCUACCACAAGAGCAUUUUGUUCACAAACCCAGCCCUCUUAUUUCAGGAUGUUUGGCUUUGUCACACGCCGGGGAGGACAAAAUGCAAAUAAAGCGGAAUCUCAAAACAACAACACUGUGAUGAAUAGAUUAUAAUUUGCGACUUCCUUCUCCAACUCAUCGAAAAUGGGAUUUCUUCACCAGCUACACCUUCUCCUGUGGAAGAACGUGACUUUAAAGCGGAGGGGACCGAGGGUGUUUAUGUGCCAAGAUGUCCCGUUUUCACAGACCAGCACUUAGAGAUAGAGAGAACAGAAGGAAAGAAGACUGCAGUUUUCCUUUAAUCAAGCCGGAUGCAAAGUGAACACACUGAAUGGAAUUAGAGGAGAGAGAGAGAGAGAAGGGAUGAAGGAGGGAGAUUACCAAGUCAAAAAAGAGAGAAAUGUUAUAUGGAAGACAUUCUACUUUCGUGGUGGGUUCUUGCGUUUGAGAUUUUCAUCCCUCUGGUGCUUUUCUUCAUACUCCUGGGCUUGCGGCAGAAGAAGCCGGCCAUUCCUGUGAAAGAAGCCUUCUACAGCGCGGCCCCUCUCACCUCAGCGGGCAUCAUUCCCAUCAUGCAGUCUUUGUGUCCGGAUGGUCAGCGGGAUGAGUUUGGCUUCCUGCAGUAUAAAAACUCCACUGUGACUCAGUUGUUGGAAAGAAUCAGUGAAGUUGUGGAGCAGAAUCACUUGUUUACAUCAGACAGGCCCAGUCUGGGAGAGGAGCUGGAAUCACUGCAGCAGCACCUUGAAAGUCUGAGCUCAGCACAAGGCCCUCUAGAGAGCCACUACAACACCAGCCAUGGUUUCACUGUGGGAAGUGUCCUCAGGAACCAGUCGAUGUUCCAGCAGUUCCUGAUCAGGAACCUUUCCCUGCAAAACGACACCGCCAGCUUGCUGCUCUCUUCCCCCAUCAAUCUAAAAGAGGUGUAUAAUCUCAUCUUUGGGACGUAUCCUAAAGUGGGAUCAAAGGCGGGAGAAAGGGAUGAAGGACAGCAUGAACUCCACAGUCCUGGAGAGAAGCUUGUACAGCUGGAGAAGCAAUUACUUGGAGGCUGGCAUAGUCUGGAGGGGGGCCUGAUUCAGAAGGCAUUGAGAGACCCCACUAAAGCAGCUCACCGUCAAGCUCUGCUUAAAGUCCUGUCCCAAGCGCUGGGGAUCGCUGGCGGUGGAGGAGGACAAAAAUUUGAUCCUCAAGCACUGCGUGAGAUGGAGGGAAUUCUCUUGACUGGUGCAGUGCUUGAUACACUCACUUGUGGGGAAGGAGGGAACAGCGAGAUAAGCAAAAUCCUAUUGGUCCCUGAGAAACAACAGGCAGUUUUACAGGCCUAUCAAACGACUGUUUGUGGUGGAGGGGCGGGGCAGAGGGCGGAGCUCUUUGGGAAGAUGAGUGAAGAAUUGAGGGCUCAGAUUGAUACACAGAGAGUCUUUGAUCAGUUGCGUCUGGAGCAGUCUAACAUGUCUGGACUCUUGGAUCAGUCCCACCUUGGGGCUCUGCUGAAGAACCUAGCUGAUGUGGAACGGCUGCUGAGGGAUGUGGAUCUGCUGUCAGGUCUGGCCAGACUGCUCCCUAAAGGGGCCUGUGCAGGCCACCAGCCUCUUCCUAUAGCCAACACCACCUCAUGGAGCUCCAACACAACAACAUGGGGUCCCAACGCAACAGACAGCCCUGUGGAGGAAGGAGAGGGAGCUGCAGGAAAUGAGGCUGAAAACCCUAGAUCACAGUUUUCUGCCUUUGUUCAGCUGUGGGCAGGUCUUCAGCCCAUUCUGUGUGGGAAUAACAGGAUCAUUGAGCCAGAAGCUCUGAAACAGGGCAAUAUGAGUUCCCUGGGCUUUACCAGCAAAGAACAAAGAAACCUGGGAUUACUCGUCCAUCUCAUGACUACAAAUCCCAAAAUCCUCUACUCUCCCAUUGGCUCAGAGGUGGAUAAGGUCAUACAAAAGGCCAAUGAAACGUUUGCUUUUGUGGGUAAUGUGACUCACUAUGCCCGUGUCUGGCUCAACAUCUCCGCUGAAUUAAGGGCCUUCUUAGAGGAGGGCAAAUUGCAAAAUCACCUGGUGUGGCUCCAACAGUUCAUUGCAGACCUAAAGAGGCACCAUGAACUGUUGAACGUCUCAGACAGUGAGCUGAUGAACAGUCUGCUGGACGAGAACUUCACCCUGCCAAACACAACCACUCUCCUGGAGCAGCUGCACACCAUCGAUAAUGCUGCUUGUGGCUGGACAAACUUCAUGUCAAAGGUCAGUGUGGAUAUCUUCAGAGGCUUCCCUGAUGAAGAGAGCAUUGUCAAUUACACGCUGAACCAGGCCUACCAGGAUAAUGUCUCAGUCUUUGCAAGUGUGAUUUUCCAGACCAAUAAAGAUGGAUCUCUGCCACCCCACGUUAUGUAUAAGAUUCGACAGAACUCCAGCUUCACAGAGAAAACCAAUGAAAUCCGCCGAGCUUAUUGGCGUCCUGGGCCGAACACGGGAGGCAAAUUCUACUUCCUUUAUGGCUUUGUGUGGAUCCAAGAUAUGAUUGAGAGGGCAAUCAUAAACACAUUUGUGGGCCAUGAUGUUGUGGAGCCUGGAAACUAUGUGCAGAUGUUUCCCUAUCCAUGCUACACUAGAGACGAUUUCCUGUUUGUUAUCGAGCACAUGAUGCCUUUGUGUAUGGUCAUAUCCUGGGUCUACUCUGUGGCCAUGAUGAUCCAGCACAUCGUAGCAGAGAAGGAGCAAAGACUGAAAGAGGUGAUGAAGAUGAUGGGCUUGAAUAACGCAGUGCACUGGGUAGCCUGGUUCAUCACAGGAUUUGUGCAGCUUUCGAUCUCAGUGACGGCCCUCACUGCCAUACUGAAAUACGGCAAAGUCCUCCUACACAGCGAUCCCUUUAUCAUCUGGCUCUUCCUUACAGUCUAUGCCGUCGCCACCAUCAUGUUCUGUUUCCUAGUGUCGGUGUUGUACUCUAAAGCCAAACUGGCUUCAGCAUGUGGAGGAAUCAUCUACUUUCUGAGUUAUGUGCCCUACAUGUACGUGGCCAUAAGAGAAGAGGUGGCUCAUGACAAGAUCACUGCCUUUGAGAAGUGCAUAGCGUCUUUAAUGUCUACCACAGCGUUCGGUCUGGGGUCUAAGUACUUUGCCCUGUAUGAAGUUGCUGGAGUGGGAAUCCAGUGGCGCACUCUCAACCAGUCACCUGUAGAGGGCGAUGACUUCAACCUCCUGCUGUCUAUGGUCAUGCUAACCAUUGAUGCCAUUGUAUACGGUGUGUUGACCUGGUAUAUAGAGGCUGUGCAUCCAGGGAUGUACGGACUACCCCGGCCAUGGUAUUUUCCCUUGCAGAAAUCCUAUUGGUUAGGUAGCGGCCGCAUAGAGACAUGGGAUUGGCCGUGGAGUGGCGGCACCAGGCUGAGUGUGAUGGAGGAGGACCAGGCUUGUGCUAUGGAACACAGACGCUCAGAGGAAACUCGUGGAAUUGAAGAAGAACCCAGUCACUUGCCGCUGGUGGUAUGCAUAGACAAACUGACCAAAGUCUACAAGACGGGCAGAAAACUGGCCCUAAACAAAUUGAGCCUAAACCUUCAUGAGAACCAAGUUGUCUCUUUCUUGGGACACAAUGGGGCUGGCAAGACCACCACUAUGUCCAUUCUCACAGGACUGUUUCCACCCACUUCUGGCUCUGCCACCAUAUACGGCCAUGACAUCCGCACAGAGAUGGAGCGCAUCAGGCAGAAUUUGGGCAUGUGUCCCCAGCACAAUGUUCUGUUUGACAAGCUCAGUGUGGAGGAACACCUGUGGUUCUACUCGCGUCUGAAGGGCAUGGCUGAGGAAGAUAUUCGCAAGGAGAUGGACAAGAUGAUAGAAGAUCUUGAAUUGUCCAACAAGCGUCACAGUCUGGUUCAGACUCUGUCUGGGGGGAUGAAGAGAAAGUUGUCGGUGGCGAUUGCAUUUGUAGGUGGGUCUCGGGCAGUGAUUUUGGAUGAACCCACGGCAGGAGUAGACCCAUAUGCCCGUCGAGCGAUCUGGGACCUCAUCCUUAAAUAUAAACAAGGUCGCACCAUCCUGCUUUCCACUCACCACAUGGAUGAGGCUGAUCUGCUGGGAGACCGUAUUGCCAUCAUCUCUCAUGGCAAGCUCAAGUGCUGCGGUUCUCCACUGUUCCUCAAGAGCACAUAUGGAGACGGCUACAAACUCACACUUGUCAAGAAGCAGAGUGAUUCACACACUGCAGAUCAGUCAAGCCAGUCUCCCUCCUCUUCGAUAUCUCCAUGUUCAGAGAGCAGAGUAACACAGUUCAUCCGUCAGUACAUUGCUUCCUGCCUGUUGGUAUCUGACUCCAACACUGAGCUCUCUUAUGUCCUACCGUCAGAGGCUGUCAAGAAAGGCUGUUUCGAGAGGCUGUUUCAGGCUCUGGAGCAGAGUUUGGAUAGCUUGGCCUUGACCAGCUUUGGUGUGAUGGACACCACACUGGAGGAAGUCUUUCUGAAGGUAUCAGAAGAGGAUCUGUCACUGGAGAACAGUGAUGCAGAUAUGAAGGACUCUCCCGGCGGAGCAUCAGCUGGGAAGCCCUCUAAUCUGUUAGGAGGGCCACAGUGUGAGGGGGCACCAGCUGCUGCCAUGAUCCGGCCAGAGGUGGAGCUCAGUAACCUGAUGAUGUGUUCCAGGCUGAGCCCAAGCCAAGCGUCCCUACAGUCCGGCUCUUCUCUGGGCUCAGUGAGAGGGGAUGAAGGGGGACUCUAUUCUGACUUCUAUGGAGACUACUGCCCACUGUUUGACAACGGCCAGGAUCCUGACUCAGCCAGUCUCAGAGAUGAAGAGUCCUCUGCGGAGCCAACCAUACUGGACGGCCAGGGCAGCUUAAAGCUUGAGGGCUGGUGGCUGAAACUUCGGCAGUUUCACGGGCUGAUAGUGAAAAGGUUUCACUGUGCGAAGAGGAACACCAAGGGCAUUUUCUCACAGAUCCUGCUGCCUGCUUUCUUCGUCUGUGUGGCCAUGACUGUAGCUCUAUCUGUGCCUGAGAUUGGUGACCUUCCUCCACUGAUUCUGUCUCCAUCUCAGUAUCACAACUACACACAGCCUCGUGGAAACUUCAUCCCUUAUGCCAAUGAAGACAGACUUCAGUACAGGAGUAAACUUUCUCCAGACGCAGGCCCACAGAGAAUUGUUAAUACCCUCCGUCUACCCUCUGGAGUUGGUGCGACUUGUGUACUGAAAACUCCCUUCAACAGCACUCUGGACCAACUGGCACAAACUCUGAAUCCUUAUGCAAACAACUCCAAAACCCUGGCAGCCCGCUACUUUGACUCUAUGUGUUUGGAUUCCUUCACACAGGGUGUACCUUUAUCAAACUUUGUGCCCCCGCCGCCCUCUCCUGCCCCCUCUGAUGACCCAGAGGCCCAUUUUGAAGAUGGCCUUUGGAAUUACACUGCCGCUCCUCCUACUACUGUCCGAGAGAUGGCGACUUCCCCCCCCACACUGCCCUUGACCAUUCGAGAGCCGGUGCGCUGUAUCUGCUCCAUGCAGGGCACGGGCUUCUCCUGCCCCAGUGGAGUCGGGGGCCGACCACCCCUCAUGAAGGUAGUAACCGGAGACAUCUUGGUGGACAUCACAGGUCGCAACGUGUCCGAAUAUCUCCUGUACACCUCUGAUCGUCUCAGAUUACACAGAUAUGGAGGCUUUACUGUAGGAAACAUUCAGAAAUCUGUCCCAGCAUCCUUCGGGAGAAAAACACAACCUAUGGUGCGCAAAAUAGCAGUGAGGCGAUCCUCACAGGUGCUUUACAAUAACAAAGGAUAUCACAGUAUGCCCACUUACCUAAAUGUCCUCAACAAUGCCAUCCUCAGAGCCAAUCUGCCCAGUAGUAAAGGAAACCCUGCUGCAUACGGCAUCACAGUGACCAAUCAUCCCAUGAACAGAACGAGUGCCAGUCUUUCUUUGGAUUAUCUGCUUCAGGGCACUGAUGUGGUUAUUGCCAUCUUCAUCAUUGUAGCAAUGUCCUUUGUGCCAGCGAGUUUCGUGGUCUUCCUGGUAGCAGAAAAAUCCACCAAGGCCAAACACCUGCAGUUUGUCAGUGGAUGUGACCCUGUCACUUACUGGCUAGCAAACUACAUAUGGGACAUGCUGAACUACCUGGUUCCAGCCACGUGCUGUGUCCUAAUUCUGUUUGUGUUCGACCUUCCUGCGUACACGUCACCUACAAAUUUCCCGGCAGUGAUCUCUCUCUUCCUUCUUUAUGGCUGGUCUAUAACCCCCAUCAUGUAUCCAGCCUCUUUCUGGUUUGAGGUGCCCAGCACUGCUUAUGUUUUCCUCAUAGUCAUUAAUCUCUUCAUUGGCAUCACAGCAACGGUGGCCACUUUCCUCCUACAGCUGUUUGAGCAUGACAAGGAUCUGAAGUUGGUAAACAGCUAUCUGAAGUCUUGUUUUCUCAUCUUUCCUAACUAUAACCUUGGUCAUGGAUUGAUGGAGAUGGCCUACAAUGAGUAUAUCAAUGAGUAUUACGCCAAGAUAGGCCAGUUUGAUAAGGUGAAGUCUCCAUUUGAAUGGGACAUUGUGACACGGGGACUGGUGGCAAUGACCAUUGAGGGUUUUGUUGGCUUUCUCAUUACAAUUCUGUGCCAGUACAACUUCCUCAGGAAAGCCCAGAGAGUGCCUGUCAGCAGUCAGCCAGUUGAUGACGAUGAUGUUGACGUGGCCUGUGAGAGACGAAGAGUGCUGAGGGGAGAUGCUGACAGUGACAUGCUGAAGAUCGACAACCUAACCAAGGUGUACAAGUCUCGUAAGAUGGGCCGGAUCCUGGCAGUGGACCGUUUGUGUCUGGGAGUCCGUCCUGGGGAGUGCUUUGGGCUGCUGGGAGUUAACGGAGCAGGAAAGACCACCACCUUCAAAAUGCUGACAGGAGAUGAGAGCACAACUGGGGGAGAAGCCUUUAUCCAGGGACACAGUAUCUUGCGGGAGCUUUUACGAGUGCAGCAGAGCAUCGGUUACUGCCCACAGUUUGACGCUCUGUUUGAUGACCUGACUGCUCGAGAACAUCUGGAGCUGUACACACGCCUCCGCGGCAUCCACUGGAAAGAUGAGGAACGGGUGGUUCAGUGGGCUCUGGAGAAGUUGGAGUUGUCCAAGUAUGCUGACAAACCUGCUGGCACCUACAGUGGAGGCAACAAACGCAAACUCUCUACAGCUAUUGCUUUGAUUGGAUACCCCUCACUCAUCUUUCUGGAUGAGCCCACCACAGGUAUGGACCCAAAGGCUCGUCGGUUCUUAUGGAACCUCAUUCUUGACAUCAUCAAGACAGGACGUUCUGUAGUGUUGACGUCACACAGUAUGGAGGAGUGUGAAGCCUUAUGCACUAGACUGGGCAUCAUGGUUAACGGCAGAUUCAAGUGUUUGGGAAGCAUCCAGCAUCUCAAAAACAGAUUUGGGGAUGGAUACAUGAUAACAGUACGCACUAAGACCACCACUAGUGUCAAGGAAGUGAUAAGGUUUUUCAACAGAAAUUUUCCAGAGGCCGUCCUAAAGGAGCGGCACCACACCAAGAUUCAGUACCAGCUGAAGUCAGAGAACAUCUCUCUGGCUCAGGUCUUUAGCAAAAUGGAGCAGGUGGUGGAGGUGCUGAGCAUCGAGGAUUAUUCUGUGAGCCAGACAACCCUGGACAACGUCUUUGUUAACUUUGCAAAAAAGCAAAGUGAUAACUUAGAACAGCAAGAAAGUUCCCCAUCUAGUGCUGGUCAGUCGCCACUGCAGCGGCUGCUAAGCAUCCUCAGGCCUCGUCCCGCUAACACAGAACUCAACGCUCUUGUAAGCGAAGAGCCAGAUGAACUUGAGAGUGAUGAUGACGAAGGAUUGAUCAGCUUUGAGGAAGAGAGGGUACAGUUGUCCUUUAAUACAGACACUCUGUGCUGAAACAGCUGUUAAUCUCACAGAUGGAGAGAUGGUAAAAAAUAAGCCUCAAGUUCAGACCCGUGUCUGUAUGGUGAAAGACAUUUGUGUGUUUUAUUUCUCGCUGGAGAGGAUCCAUCUCUUUGGCCCAGCGAGUGGGUUGUUCUUGUUUCCAUUUGCACUUAGCGGAACAAGAGAACGGCUCUUCUGGGAACUCUAAACAGAGAUAUGGACAGUCUGGGCCUGAACAUGAUCGGGCCAGAGAGAACGCUACUGUGAGGUACUUCGUCCACGGCCUCCCCUUCUGCGUUCUGGAGAUGAUGGUUUAUGGAAACGUAUAUUACUGUACUUCAUAUUCAAGCCUGCUGGAUGGGAAUUAACAAGAAUGUAUUUCGUAGAUACAAACAGGCCGUAUGGUUUAUUUUGGUAUCGCUUUAAAUUGGAAUAUGGUCGUACUAUCUUUAAACUGAUCACACGUUGAAAUUGUUUUAAUUGUAGUGUUGAUGUCAUAACAUAAUCAUCCCUCAAGGAAUGGGUUUGGCCUUUGCAACUUGUUCUUUUUAUGACUGUUUAUCCUCACGUUCAGUUGAAACGGUUGUAAUUAUACAUAUUUUUUCUUUACUCUGACCUAGUUUGUUUAUUUGUUCCUGCAUUGAGAGCAUGCUAUAAAAGACAAGCCUGUUGUGUUGUUGGGUUGAAGAAAUUGUACUAUGCUUAAAUGUUUUGAACAGACCCGUUGUUCUUGUUGAAGAAUGCAAAUGUACCUGUGCACCUUCAUUGAAGUUUUUACAUUGGACAUUCAAUAGUGAAUGACUCGUGACUGAUUCAAAGGCCUUUAGUCGAACCGGACCGAACAAGCGUUGCUAUCGAGAUGUUUAUGGUCUUGUAAUUGAAUGUAAACGGCAUAAGUGUUUUGUGCUGACUUUUGUGUCUCCUGAACCAGGGGUUUCUCAUUUUUUGAAACAAAUUGUAAGUGAAACCGGUGUCUUUUACGUUGCGUUACCGCAAAUUGUUAAAAGCUGCGUAAUACAGAUGUCCGUUGAAACGUUCAUAAUAAGUGUCACUCUAUCACUGUGAAGCCAAAGGUGAACUUUGAGUCACUGUUAUUACAGAUAGACCGAAAUCAGGUCAUUGCUCUUUAUUAUUGUAUUUGAGAACCCUUGAAAUAUGUUUGUUUAUUGAAUAGCAGGAGGUUUUGAUUUUGUUGUUUGCACUGUAAUGUAAAACAAGUGUAACAUUUUCGUUCUUUGACCUGAAAUUAGCCAAUUAUGUUGUUUAUUUGAAAUGAAAUGAUGCUUCUCCUUCAUGUCCGUGAUGGUUAGGUCCAAUCGCCGUGCUUAAUCUCUGAAUCUUGCACAAUUGUCGGCACUUAGUACUAUAAUGGUGUCUUAUUUUUCUGACAUUGCUGCGUUAAAGAGUAUGAUCAAUAUUUUUGAGCUCCUCAAAGAGAGGAAAGCAAAGAUGGAUAAGGAGGCUGUCGGUGCAUUUUCAUGUACGAUGACCAAAGGGAAAUGAAGCAUAGUUUUUGAAAUGUGUAAAUGAAUUGUGAUAAGCUAUGUGAAAACUGACCUACUUUGAUUAUUAAGGCGUCUCGGCCGCUUCAGAAUUUUUCCUGCUAACGGAGAACCUCAACAGCCUAACUAAAGAUCAGUGCAAGCUGCUUUUCACUUUGGAAAUGAACAUGUGCAGUGAUUUAAGACACCAGCAAACAUGAGUGUGGUUCUGUAUCAUAUAAAAUAGCAUUAUGGUUAAGGAGGUGGUUUAGUUUUAUCUUUCUAGUAAGUGCUUUGGAAUGUAACUUCAGUAAAUGUGAAUAUGAUUCAAUAUUUAUGAACGUUUUUUCAUCCAGUAAUACCUAUAUGUUCAGGUGAAUUCCCUUGUAACAAGAUUGACUGGACCUUUUCAGCUUGUUUUCAAUUACCUUUAUUGUUUCCAUUCUCUUGUGCUAACUGGGGUGAACUGAUGUUUUUAAUAUUAACAGAGAGAAAAGAGAAUAAUUAAAUCAAUAAAUUGUUAAAUUGA